AUGAAGAAAGCUUUUGAUCAAACUGUCAGGGAUCUGUGAGUAUCUCUAUUUCAAGCACUUAAUGUUUUUCUCUGAUUUUCCUUGGGGUGGAAAUAUCUCGUUGACUAGUAUGGCUUUAUGCACCAAUGUGGUCUGCAUGAUGUGAUUGAAACAAGUGACUUUGACAAUUUCAGGAAGAGAGAAGUAAACAAGGUGGUCCUUAAGGUUCCGGCUAUUGAACAAAAGGUGAUUGUCGAUCUCUAUCAUAUUCUUGUCAUCCAAAUCAUUUAUUUCUUCACAGCAGUUUAUUUUAUCUUCUUUUAUUGAUAAGUCUAAAACGAUGUGCUUGGGCCUCAUUCACAGAUUCUCGAUGCUACUAGCAAUGAACCUUGGGGUCCUCAUGGAUCACUUUUGGCAGACAUUGCUCAGGCAACACGAAACCAGUCAGUACAUUAUUCUUUCUCCUAGCACAAUUAAUUCUUCCAAUGAGGAUACUUAUGGCUUAAACUGUUGUGCAGUGCUGAGUUUCAGAUCAUCAUGUCAGUAAUUUGGAAGAGAAUCAAUGACACUGGAAAAAAUUGGCGGCACGUUUAUAAGGUAUUUUUUCUCCUUGUUGUGAUGCAUCUAUCAUAGCCAAUUGCUGGUGCCUGUGUUUCAUUGGUGGUUUUGUUCUUUCCUCUUGCAUAUACAUAUCUGCUGCAUACACAUUCAUAUCCUCUGCACACAAACUCGUAAUACAAACUAGAAGGACCUAUCUGCAUAUCAUAUCUUCUGAAUCAAUGUGCUGUUUUUACUAUUGAUGUGCAGGGGUUGAUAGUUCUGGAUUAUCUUGUGGCGCAUGGAUCUGAACGAGUCAUUGAUGAAAUAAGAGAACAUUCUUACCAGAUUGCAGUACACACCAGUUGUUCACUAUAUUUUCAUUAUGAUAGUUGGACUUAUGUCUCAAAUGUGUGACUCCAAUUACAUCUUCUUUUCCAGACGUUAUCUGAUUUUCAGUACAUCAGCUCAAGUGGGAGGGAUGAAGGAAGCAAUGUCAGGAAGAAGUCCCAAAAUCUAGUUGCACUUGUAAAUGACAAGGAGAGAAUACAAGAAGUUAGACAGAAAGCCCAUGCAAAUAGGGAUAAGUGAGUGUAUUUUUUAGGUUCGUAAAAUGUAACUUCCUCUCAUUUAUUCAAUUUUUCAUAUUUUUCAUAUUUUUCAGGUAUCGUGGUACAAUUUCAACGGGUGGGAUGCACCACUCUGGUUCAUAUUCGGGCAGUGGAAGCUAUGGUGAUCAGUAUGACGAUGAUCAGUAUCAUGGUUCGUAUGGAAAUAGGGAAGAUCACCGAAAUGGUUAUGGAAAAGAUAAGGACUCAGGUUACAGAGAUGAUGACAGAUAUGGCAGGAGGGACUCAUACGGUCGAGAUGGUGAUCGGUAUGGUAGAGAUGGUGAUAGGUAUGGUCGGGAUGCUGAUGAUUACCGGGGAAACAGAGGGAACGAUGAUUAUCAGUUUGGUUCUAGGAACAGAAACGUCGACAGAGACAAAGGCCGAUCCUUUGAUGAUGAUGACCGAUAUUCACCUAGGUAUUUUCUGUUUUAGCUGUUAGCUACUCUCAUGGAACAAACUACGAUUAAUUCCACGUUCAGCAUGCCGCAUAAGAAUAUAUCUAUUUCCUAACAGGCCUAGUUCUUUGUCAACAAAUAAGAGUUUCCUAGUACAGGAACUACGCCCUAUGUGUUGUAUGCAUUUUGUUGUAUAUGCUGGCGUGAUACGCCUUCUUCUGCCUCCUUUUUUACCCGGGAAAAUAUCCUUCAACACCAUUCGUAUCAGUUUACCUGCAUGUCUCCAGCAUAUUGGAAAUGUUUAAACUCUUCUUCAGUAUUGCGAAAUUUUAUUUGUUUGGGGCCAGCUGUUUUCUUUUGCCAGUUUUUUUUCUUACUGUUGUGCAUAGGUAAUUGUCUAGUUUUCCCUUUAAGCAGACUGAGCAGAUAGGCAAUUUGAUGCCCUCAUUCUUUAGCUGUCAUGUAUUUGUUUUUUUUUUUCCUUACUCAUUGGCAGACAUCUAUAGUUACACUUGGUGUGGGUACUCAGGAUUAUUCAUAUUUAUUUUGUGUACUCAUUCUUUAUGUAGAAGUGGAGGCGGCAAGAUGGAUGGCCCUUCCCAUGAAGAUAGGUAAGCAUGACUUUUUUACUGUAAGAUAGAUGACACUUUGGGAAAUCGUACUUGUCUUCUAGCUUUCCAAGCUUGUUUUGACAGGCAACUUGAACAUAAAUUUUCGGAGCAAAACCUUGGUGCACCCCCUACCUAUGAAGAAGCUGUAGGAGAGCCCCAUAGUCAUGUUCAGAAUGAAAGGUAUGCAUUUUUAUAUGCGGACAUCAUUUAUUUGUUAAUUUGAUAUAGCUGGUUCCCGACAUCUUUUAAAUGAACUCUUCAGGGAUGGAGGAGCUGGCCAGGCACCUAUUGCAAAAAUACCUCCUGCUGCACCCAAGGCUUCCCCUGCUGAAAAUAUAAAUCUUUCUCAGGCUCCUGUAGUCAGUACUGAGUCACACACUCAAAAAGAAGAUGCUUUCGAUGAGUUUGAUCCACGAGGUUCUACCACAGGUAGAGGAAAAUGCAAAUUAUUUCAGGCUUAUUCUUUAUUGAUUUUGUGCUUCGAUAAUAGUUUGUCCUUGUUAUGUAUUUAUAACAUGUUAUUGAUUCAUAAUUCUGUUCAUUGGUACCUACGUUCAAUGAUAGGUAUAGGAGAAUGUGAAUUUUGUCCAACUUAUUAUUUUUCAAUUUCUUCCUUUAACCUAUAUCGGCCUCCUUAUGAGUUUCUAGAGUAUUAUCAGUUGAUAUUCUUUCUGCAAUAUGUACCGUUUUUCAUUGAACAGGCUCUCUUCCAUUAAUGAGUCGAUUUUUUUUUUGUUGCUCAGAAUGAGGCUUGAGCUGCCCUUUUUAAUUUUCUAGUUUUUGCGUAUGGAAUUUUAAAUGCAUUCCCGUAAUUCGUAAGUGAUAGUCCAACUUGUCAGAGACCGGAUAUUGGAUAUUUCCUUGCCUUUUUCACUUCUGAUGCGUUUGGAUCAGGCAAAAUAAUCACCUGGGGUUUUAUUUCAAUGCAUAUAAAUAUUUGUUGCAUGCUGUUUGUUAGAAGAUCAUCUUUACUGGACCUUACUCAAGAACGAUGUUUACAGUUUUUAUUUAUAUUAUCUUUGCUAGUGAUCUGGAACCUUGGUGGUUCCUUGCUGGGUGUUUAUGACAUGGGCGGCUGGGCCUCGUGAGCAGUGUCUUCGAUGAUUGAAUUGUUGCCCAAAUCUUAACUGUAAUCUUUUUUUGGUUAUUUGUCAGGUUGUCUACUGGUCUUUGAGCCGAAUAUUGUUGGAAUGCUUUUUUUGAUAAUACUGCUAUUCAGUAUUUUAUUGAUAUUAUUGAACUGCAGUUGUCAUUGGGAACAUUUUGUUUACUCUCUUUUUCGCACUCAGAACAGAGGUUUCUAGCUUUACUGCUUGUCUCGCUUCGUUAAAAUGUUGCUACCUUCCCCCUUCUCCCCCCCCUCAGCAAGUGUGGUUCAGUGAACUCGUUUCACCUUAGAACAAUGGGCCCCUGAACAUUGUAGGUAUAAUUAACCUGUUUCGAUAAAUACGCAUAUGUUCUUUGAUGUCACUUAUGUGUUGGAUGGUGUUCAAUUGUUUGAUUGGCUAUCUGCAAAUUGUAAGUGGUUUCUAAUAUUUAUGUAUACGAAAUAGUGAAAAAAGAUGAAGACACUUGUGAAGGCGAUUUUAACUUAUGAUUUACAGGAAUAGUAGGUUUGGGAAAAUGUUGACGCUCGGUUGACCUAUUAGCUGAAAAAAUGUUAUCAUUUCUCUGAUUAGGGUAUAAGAAGACAUGCAUAAGUUUUUCUUUUCGCUUGGUGAUGUUUGUGUAUAUAUAUAGAUAGAUAUAUUUAUUCACGUCUUUACACUUGUCUGCAACAUGACAUCUGAUUUUUUAAUGGUUAGCUGCCGUGCCCGCCGAAGCUGGUUUUGGAACGGACUUUUUUGGCCUGUCAGGAGUUGAAUCCAUAAGUUCAUUGGCUCUGGUCCCAGUUACUGCUCCAACAACGUCUGAAGUGCAUUUGCCCAACAGCUCUGAUUCUGGCCAGAACUUACCACUACCAUUUAAUGGUUUUAGUCAGGUACGGUUUGACCUCCUGUGCUGACUCACUCUCUUUUUGCCUUAAUAUACAUCUAGACAUUUUAGAGCCAUGUAGGUCGUUUUAAUAUGGUGGGACUUCUUCAAAAACCAUGGAACCCUCUGGUUCGUGCAGCAUACAUUUAGCUAUUGCAUAUGACUCAUGAUUCUUCUUUUAAAUUUUAAAUUUUAUUUUUCUCUUAGCAACAGCUGAUUCAAUUUCUUUGAUUCCACGUGAUAAAAGAAAAAAAAAAAUAAUGGAAUUUUGAGUGUCAUUUGUUUGUUUGUUGCGGUACUGAGGUGUACCUUGAUUGUCGAUACAGCCUGGUGAAAAUCCAUUUGGAGAACCUCCCUUCAAAGCUAUUCCACAGGAUGGCAAUGCUCCGGUUCAGCAACAAAACAAUUUAUCUGCCACUCCCUUCCCAUUCCCCUCUGAGUCCCCGUCAUUGCAGCCAAGUUUGGCAGUCGGGGAUUCUCUCAGUACUCCUCUAUCUAAUCAUGUCAACGGUCAUGUUCCCUCCACUGCAUCUGAGAUUUUGCCUUCUGGGUUGGCAUCCCUGCAGCCAAAUGCUGUUACCGUGGAGAAUCUCAACCCCUACUCUGGUAGCACAUAUGCGACCCCUUCUCAGGUUUUCCCCCCUGCUCCUUCUGGAGGUGCACAGCCAAUCCCUGCAAACAUCCUCUCCCACCCUGUCCCAUUUGGUCUGGCUGCUCCACAGGCAUAUCCUUCAGGCUUCCUUCCUCAGACAGGACUUCCCUCUGGAAUAAACUCACUGCAAUCUCCAUACGCAUUUUCUCCCCAAGGCUUCACGGCUGCUGCUCCAGUUCCACAGCCCUUCCCUCAGAGUCACUUUUCUCAACAAGGACAGUCAGUUCCAGUAGCAACACAGGCCACCCCCGCCCCAACUGCCACAUAUUUUCAUGGAGGAGCGUUGUCAAGCGUUGGGGCCUCACAACCAGAUGCUUUGGUUCAAACCGUCCCGCCAGCAAAGUCUGUGCAAUCGAAGGACAAGUUUGAGACGAAGUCUACAGUUUGGGCAGACACAUUGAAUCGAGGUUUGGUGGAUCUCAAUAUUUCCGGACGUAAGUACUGCAAUUUUUCAACUUCUAUUUCUUCUGCAGUCUUCUCCCUCCUAAAUUUAAAUGUUGUAAAUUUAUUUUAAUUUAUAUCUCCACAAGGUUCUAAAAAAAUACAAUUUUUUUUUUUUUCAGCGAAGACCAACCCACUGGCUGACAUAGGGGUUGACUUCGAGUCUAUUAAUCGGAAGGAAAAGAGAAGGGAGAAAGCCACUGUAGCUCCUGUGUCCACAACUACCAUGGGCAAAGCAAUGGGAUCAGGUUCGGGCAUUGGGCGUGCUGGUGUUGUUGGCCUUGCUCCCCCUCCAAACCCCAUUAUUGGUUCUGGCAUGGGGAUGGGGAUGGCCAUGGGAAAUCUUGGCAUGGGUAUGGGUGGCUAUGGGGGAGGUAUCAAUCAACCCAUCGGUAUGGGGAUGGGGAUGAACAUGGGCGUCGGAGCGGGUGCGCAGCCCCCGGGUGGGAUGCCGUCAGGUCAGGCCAUGCGAGGUAUGGGAUACAACCCAAUGGCAGGUAUGGGUGGGUACGGCUCUCAACAAUAUGGUGGAUAUCGGUGA